AAUUCAGAGUUGCUUAGAAUUAAGUUAUCGCACCAUCCAAAAUCAAAUUUGUGUUCAUUCUAUUAUCUUGACACUUGGACUUCGUUGUCUCGUCGCUUUUUAUGUAGGCCUCAGUACCCUAUUACAAUCUCUGGUGUAAUCAACUAUGGGUUUUCUAGGCGCAUUGGCUAAAACACUUAUUUUUGUGGCUCUUUUCUUGGCAGCAUUAGUUCUGCUCCCCGGAUUACCUCCUAACACCACUUUUCCCUUUAAGGAAUAUGAUAUUAAGCCACCAAGGGAACUAAAGGGAGUGUUGCAGCCAAACUUUCAGUUAGAUGGUGCCCGGCAGUUGUGGAAGGAUCGGAUCUUUGGACCAGAGUGUCUUCUAGCUUUUGGCGACAAGAUAUUCACGGGCAUUCAUAGUGGAGAGGUCCUUGAACUCAACAAUGAAGAAACUAUUAGGCCCAUCACAAAAAUAGGUCAACCUUGUGAUUAUAUCUUUGACGAUGAGCUCUGUGGCUAUCCUGUGGGCUUGGCCUUGGAUACCCAAGGAAACAAUCUGAUUGUAGCCGAUUCGUACUACGGAAUAUGGCAAGUUGACUUAGGUACAAAGGAGAAGACCAAUUUGGUGUCCACUGAGCAGAUCCUGCCUGGCAAAAGUGUUAACCGAAAGGCUAGGCUGUUUAAUUCAUUGGCAGUUAGCCGGAAGGGAGAAAUUUACUGGACAGAUUCUUUGUCAGACGACUUUGUCUUGGCUCCGUUCGCUAACCCAUCAGGCCGACUUUUCAAAUACAACUGGGAAAAGAAGACAAACGAGGUACUCCUGGAUGAGUUAGCCUUUGCCAACGGCUUGGCUUUAAGUCCAGAUGAGGAUUUUAUAAUCCUAGCCGAAACGACGGCCAUGCGUCUAACCAAGUACUACCUCAAAGGAUCUCGGGCGGGUCAGAGUGAAGUGUUUGUGGAUGGUUUGCCUGGAUGGCCGGAUAAUCUCACCGGAGAUAAUGAAGGAAUUUGGGUUCCUUUGUCCGUGGCUUCAGAUAGUGAGAAUCCUAAUUUGUUCGCCUCUUUGGCACCCUAUCCGCGGCUACGAUCCUUCCUCGCUCGUCUGAUGGGCCUAAUGCAGCUUCCCUUUCGAAUUUCUAACAAAAUAUAUCCCAACAAUAUUUCGGCACGACUUUUCCACUCUUUUAAUGAGAUGGCCACUAAUAAUGCUCCAAAUCGAAGCACUGUGGUUCGUCUGGAUUGGAACGGAAAUAUUGUGAGAUCCUUGCAUGGUUUUGAUAGAUCAGCAUCAGGCUUAUCUCAUGUUUUGGAAAUUAAAGGACACUUAUUCUUGGGAUCGCCAUUUAAUCAAUAUAUUGCUAAAGUUAAGCUACCCGAAAAUGUGGUGAAGUCUGUGAAAGGAACUGAAGCUAAGGAAGAUCAACUUAUAUAGUUAUUUUUAGCAUUA